AUUCUCUGCCUUUCUAAUCUCCUACCUUAUGGCUGUCUCUAGGGUUCUUAUUGCUUCACUUGUCCUCUCUCUCCUUCUACUUCAUGUGGUUUCAGCUGUUGAACAGGCCAACAGUAACCAAGUUGCUUCCAUAGACUGUAACUCAGCUUGUAAGGGGAGGUGCCGGCUAGCAUCGAGGAAGCGGCGCUGCAUGAGGGAAUGUAUGUCUUGUUGUAAUAGGUGCAAAUGUGUUCCCCCUGGCACUUCUGGCAAUGAAGAGGUCUGCCCAUGCUAUGCUCAUAUGACCACACACAAUGGAAAAAAACACAAGUGCCCUUAGAAGAACAAAAGAACAAUGUUUGGAGAUUAUUAACCAAUAAGUUUUAACUAGCUAGCUACCUACAAUCUGAUCAUAGUGUUUGUUAUCCA